GGCGGCCAUACCUGGACAACAAUAUCAAGCCCAACGCUGCGCCCGUCCGUCGAUGCGCGCACGUCUGCUGGCCUGUGUUCCGCUGACUGCAACCGUCACCACCGCCCUCGACUUCGCUGCCCGCUGUGCAAUUGACAAGUCGCCGCUGCUCGCCACUCACACUUGUGCCGCCGUCUUUCGUCAGCAGCAUCCGCCAUUCCAUCAACGCCUGUCCUCUUCCACCGCCUUUCGUUGUAGCACGCCAUCCCCCAGGCCUACUUCUCCUCUCCCUCAACACCAGCGCGCGUCCAUUGCCAACACAUCAUCCAUCAUGAACGCAGACAAUGUUCUGCGCAGUCGCCCAGAGGGCACGCGACGCUUGGCCGACAACCUCGAGAAGCCAUUGCUAGAUGAUCGAUCGUACAGAGUCAUUGAGCUGCCCAACAAGCUCGAGGCAUUGCUUAUCCAUGAUCCCGACACAGACAAGGCUUCGGCCGCGAUGGACGUCAAUGUCGGCAGUCUUUCAGAUCCGGAAGAGAUGCAAGGAAUGGCGCAUGCUGUCGAGCAUCUGCUGUUCAUGGGCACUGAGAAGUACCCUGGGGAGAACGACUACAACUCAUUCCUUACCAAAUACGGCGGCAUGAGCAAUGCCUUCACAGCAGGCACCGACACCAACUACUACUUCGAGCUUUCAGCCUCGUCCACAUCGAACAGUCCCAAAUCGUCAGCAAACACGAGUCGAUCGAGCUUGCUAACAGUACCCAAGGGCCAAGCACCUCUGUAUGGCGCCCUCGAUCGGUUCGCGCAAUUCUUCAUCAAACCCUUGUUCAGAGAGGACUGUCUGGAGCGAGAGCUACGAGCGGUGGACUCAGAGAACAAGAAGAACCUGCAAGCGGACAAUUGGCGAAUGAUGCAGUUGGCAAAGAGCACGGCAGCGAAGCAACAUCCAUACCAUCUGUUCUCAACAGGCAACUACAAAAUCCUACACGAUGAUCCCAUCGCGAGAGGCGUCAAAAUCCGCGACGAGUUCAUCAAAUUCUACCAAAAGAACUAUUCCGCAAAUCGAAUGAAACUAUGUGUGUUGGGGAGGGAGGGCCUAGACGAGCUCCAGCAGUGGGUAGAGGAGCUCUUUUCCGAUAUUCCAAACCAGGACUUGCCAAAGCUACGAUGGGACGACGUGCCAGUGCUCACAGAAAAGGAGCUGUGCACACAGACCUUUGCCAAGCCAGUCAUGGACCAGCGUAUGUUGGAUCUCUCUUUCCCAUACCCAGAUGAGGAGAAUCUAUACGAAUCAAUGCCUGGUCGCUAUCUGGGCCACCUAAUAGGCCACGAGGGUCCGGGCAGUAUCCUGGCUUAUUUGAAGGCAAAGGGCUGGGUAUCGGAGCUCAGUGCAGGUCCCUCGCCAAUCUGCCCGGGGACUGCGUUCUUCUCGAUCGGCCUUAGAUUGACUUCACAAGGUCUGGUACACUAUCGAGAGAUCAUCAAGACCAUCUUUCAAUACAUUGCCAUGAUCAAAGAGCAGCCUCCGCAAGAGUGGAUCACUCAGGAGACCGCGAAGCUCGCUGAAAUCGACUUUAAAUUCAAGCAAAAGAUUCCCGCAUCGCGUACUACUAGCCAUAUGAGUGGAGUUAUGCACAAGCCUCUGCCACGUGAAUGGCUGUUGAGCGGGCAGCAUUUGGUUCGAAAGCACGAUCCGGAGGCCAUCUUGAGAGGCUUGAACGCACUUCGACCUGACAACUUCCGAUUCACAAUGUCUGCGCAAGACUUUACAGGGGAUAUGGCCAAAUUCGAUCAGAAGGAGCAAUGGUAUGGCACUGAGCACACCAUUCAGAAAAUUCCAAGCGACUUCCUGCAAGAGCUCGAGGCCGUGUCGAAACAAUCGAGGCCAGCCGAGCUGCACCUGCCUGCAAAGAACGAGUUCAUUCCACAGCGCUUGGACGUUGAGAAGAAGGAUAUCAUCUCGACUGCACUCUCGCCCACUUUGAUUCGGAAUGAUGGCAAUGUGCGUCUAUGGUGGAAGAAGGACGACACGUUCUGGGUGCCCAAAGCCAAUGUCUACGUUUACUUGCGCAGCCCAAUGGGCUACAUGAGCGCAUACACUGCUGUGCUCUCCACUUUCUUCAAAGAGCUUGUCGAUGACAGUCUCACAGAGUACGCUUACGACGCCGAGCUGGCUGGUCUGGCUUACGGCUUAAUACGAACUGCCAACGCGUUCGAGGUCUCGGUUGGUGGCUACAACGACAAGAUGCAUGUGCUUCUUGAGAAAGUCCUGGUCACAAUGCGCGAUCUCGAAGUCAAGGAUGACCGGUUCGAGAUCAUCAAGGAACGCAUGGCCCGCACGUACCAGAAUUUUGAGCUGCAAGAGCCAUUCAGGCAGAUUGGUCGCUACACCCAACUCUUGUCCCGAGACCGCGCCUUCAGCCAAGCAGAUCUCCUGGCAGAAUUGCCUAACGUCAGUGCCGACGAUGUGCGCAACUUCAUCCCUACUUUGAUGCGCCAGAUGCAUAUCGAGAUCCUCGCCCAUGGCAACCUCUACAAGGAAGAUGCACUUCGUAUGGCAGACCUCGUUGAGAAGACGCUCAAGCCUCAUCCAUUGCCUCCCACGCAAUGGGAGACGCAGCGCUACAUCAACCUGCCAGAGGGAUCCAAUUUUGCGUGGAAGAAGACUCUCAAGAACCCAGACAACGUGAAUCACUGCCUCGAUUACUGCAUCUAUGUGGGCGAUGCGAGCAAUCGUCAAACACGCGCCAAAACACUGUUACUUGACCAGGUGCUUCACGAGCCUGUCUUCGACACACUGCGAACCAAAGAGCAGUUGGGAUACAUUGUCAAUGGCUCGAUGAUGAUCGUUGGCAACGCUGCCGUGUUCCGCAUCCUCAUCCAGAGUGAGAAGGAUUGCGAGUACCUGUUGAAACGCUCUGACCUCUUCCUGGAGGAGUUUGAGACGGCCAUCAAAGAGAUGUCAGAUACAGAGUUCGAGGAGCAUAGGGUUGGUGUCAUCAACAAACGCCUCGAAAAGUUGAAGAACUUGUCUCAGGAAAGCGGACGCCUAUGGCACCACGUCCUUUCUGAGGUUUUCGAUUUCGAGCUCGUCUACCGCGAUGUCGAAGUCCUCGAGACGUUGACCAAGGAAGAUAUGGUCGACUUCUAUAUGACACGGUUCAGCCCUAGCUCUGCCGUUCGCUCGACCUUUGCCACUCAAUUGGUCGCCCAGUCAUCUCCCGAAGAGAUUGCUGCUAAGACCACAGAUGCCGAGAAGAGUGAAAAGUUGGCUGAUCAAAUCAUCGCCUUGCUCUCCGGAAUCGGUCUCCAAUGCGAAGCUGAAGACCGGACGAAGCUUGUGGAGAACCUGGGCAAGACCGACAUUUCCAAGGGAGAUGUUCCAGCUACAAUCAAAGCCAUUGGCACAUGGCUCGCGGCUGUUGGACUCGACGAGGAGAGUACCAAGGUCGUGCUUGCACAAGGCGAACAGGCUCUGCCGCAGCUUUUCCCGGCUGCUGGUGUUGUUGCUCCUACACACGAUGCUGAGCAGACUAAUGGCACGACCGAAACGAACGGCACAAAUGGAGUUGUGAAGGAGAUCAAGAGAGUUCUUGUGGAGGAUGUGAAGGGCUGGAAGGCUAGCUUGCCGCUUGCUGCUAACCCGAAGCCUGUGAAGGACCUUUCGGAGUUUGAGGAAUUGGAGUCGAAGCUUUAAAUGCACUUUGAAAAUCAAUUCGAGAUGCUAGAGCAGAGUUAGAGGGCUCAGGCGCGAAGCUGAAGAGGGGAGGUGGUGUAGGUUAUAUUCGCAGCGAGGCGUUGUAGGAUAUCUCUUUCUUCGCUCUGCUAAGAGUUGAUCGUGAUCGAGGUAGAGGGUGGUCUCGAUCAGCGAAGAGGUUGAGCUAUGAAGUAGCUCGUUAUGACAUGAUGUUUUAAUGACAACAUUUGCAAGACUGUGCUGCGACGAAUGUCGGCCUACCGGCACUAUUGUUCGAAGACUUCUGACGAUGCAGCUGUCACUGCCCAUAUUGCUCCCACGCGCCCAUG